GGAGCCUGUCUUGUCCGAGACCGAAACCUGUCGACCCGAAGACCCAUAAAUAGUGGCCGUGACGACCCACUUCGAACUGCAAGCAGAAGAGAGAGAGAGAGAGAGAGAGAGACGCCAUGAAAGGGACGCCAGCUUCUCACGGAUACCGCAUGCUGGCGGAGUGGGAGCGCCACUCGCGGUGCUGGAUCGGUUGGCCUGAACGCCCGGACAACUGGAGAGACAACGCGGUCCACGCUCAGCGCCUUUUUGCCAGGGUCGCCGCCGCGAUAUCCGAGUUCGAGCCCGUCACCGUUUGCGCGAGUGCCUCUCAGUGGGAGAAUGCGCGGAAAAUGUUGCCGGAGAAUGUCAGGGUCAUUGAGCUGAGUAUGAACGAUUCCUGGUUAAGGGACACUGGACCGACUUUUGUGGUGAGGGACGGAUCUCCCGGUUGCGAGCGGAAGAUAGCUGGGAUCGAUUGGAAUUUCAACAGCUAUGGAGGUAUUGAGGAAGGUUGCUAUCAAGAUUGGAGUCUUGACAUUCUUAAUGCUAGGAAGAUUCUUGAAAUUGAGGAGACUCCAAGGUUUUCACAUGAAAUGAUUCUUGAAGGUGGAAGCAUCCACGUUGAUGGAGAAGAUACUUGUCUUACCACCGAAGAAUGCCUCCUGAACAAGAACAGGAACCCGCAUUUAAACAGAGAACAAAUCGAGGAUGAACUCAAGGCAUAUCUUGGUGUCAAGAAGAUCAUAUGGCUGCCUCGUGGAUUAUAUGGUGAUGAUGAUACAAAUGGCCAUAUUGAUAAUAUGUGCUGUUUUGUGAAGCCUAGUGUGGUUUUACUCUCGUGGACCAAUGAUGAAACAGAUCCUCAAUACGAACGAUCUGUGGAAGCAUUUCAGGUUCUCUCUAAUGCAACUGAUGCCGCUGGUCGGAAAUUGCAGAUAAUUAAACUCCAUGUACCUGAUCCUCUUUAUGCGACAGAUGAAGAGGCUGCUGGAUUGACGCAGGGUGAUGAUGCAGUACCAAGACCGUCGGGUAGAAGACUUGCUGCUUCAUAUGUGAACUUCUAUAUUGCUAAUCAAGCAGUUAUUGUACCUCAAUUUGGGGAUCAGAAGUGGGAUAAUGAAGCAGCUCGAGUCCUGGGUGAUGCUUUCCCAGAUCAUCGGGUGGUGACAAUUGAGGGUGCUAGGGAAAUUGUAUUAGGUGGUGGAAAUAUUCACUGCAUCACGCAACAGCAGCCAGCGACUGUUGCCGAGUAACACGAUUCAUGGCCGAUUGCCAAAUAUAUGG